AUGGCGAACAGCUUGGCCAUGACGCUCCUCCUGCUCGCUGCACCUCUUCUGGACGCUGCCCGCUUUGAAACUGCUCCGCCACCCGGUACACCGCUAGUCGCCACCGAGGCCCCGACACCGACGCUGGCGCCUGGAUGGACGUUUAUGGAAUGCCUGACCUUGUCGGUGAUGCCGAUCGCCAUCUGUACGGCCGUCGUUGUAUGCUUCUUCUCCUGUUAUGCUUGCCUACGAAAACGGGGUGUCGACGUAGACCUGGAGUCGUGCCGCAAGUCGCGCAAGAAGAGGCUCAACGAAGAAGCCGCCUACCAGCUCGAACGGGAGCGCAGGGUCAACUUUGAACAGCCGCCCGAGAUUGAGUUGCCCGAUCUCGACAGAUUCGAGGAGAAGGAGAAGGAGAAGCCGAAACCACCACCGCCGCGCUUCUGGGUAGGAUGCGUCUCCUACGACUUGGAACUGAACAGGGCUCAACAGAAGCGAAAAAUGGCGAACACGCAGUCGUUGACGGACAGCACGGUGCCGACCGAGGUCCCGAAAACGGAGAUCACCCAGAUGCACACGGGCUCCGGCAAGGGUCCCGACGGGCUGAAGCCGUCCGUUCGUGCGGCGCGGGUUCAGUCAGAAAGCAAGCAAGUCACGACGCCGCCGUCCAGCGACUCGCUCAAGGACCCCAUCACCGUCACCAAGAAGAGGGCCAAGGUCAUCGCCGUCCCGAUCGACAUCAUCGAGAAGGUCGGAAAGGAGCUGGAGGACGCGAAGCGCACCCAAGACGGCACCACAGAGGAGAAAACCACAAAGGAGCAGGACGCCCGGACCCAGGUUAUGGAUCCGCAGACGAAGAGGGGGGAGCCUGAGUCGGGCGAGACGGAUGCGCAGACCCAGAUGGCCGACGUCAAAUCAAAGCUCGGCACGACUUCGACGAUCCAGCAAACACAGGUGCUGGGCGUCAAGUCAAAGUACGACACCGCGUCGACGGUGCAGCAGACACAGCUCUUGGGAGUGAAAUCCAAGUAUGACGCCGCGUCUACGAUCCAGCAGACGCAGCUGUUGGGCGUCAAAUCUAAUUACGACACGCCGUCGACGAUCCAGCAGACACAGCUGUUGGGCGUCAAGUCGCAGCAUGACGCGCCGGAGAGUGGCGAGACGGCGGCCAAGGACGAGCAGACCCAGGCGAUCGAGCCGAAACCGGAUGACGGCACCACGCCGCGCACCGAGUCGGGCGAGGCUAAUUUGGCUCCUCCUCCCGCU